AUGGCACCCAUAUCUCCAGGCCCCCCGCCCCCGUCGGUCCGCCGAACCAAGAAAGCGCAACCUACACCGACCAAGAAACUUCACCGAUACGAGUCUUUCACGAAGCGAAUCUCAAAGCUCAAGAUAGACCCGAUCCAUGCCUUGAGCAAACGGCAGAAUGAAGAGGUUGCCGAUGAUCUAGCACACAGCUUUUUCCGCGCUUCUCUCGAAGAAUGGGCGGAGUUGAAUCUCUCGCAAACAUUCACGACCUUCCUGAACAAAGUCAAUCCUCUUUGUGAAAACCUGCCGCAACUGCUGCAUCACUCGGACAGAAUCUUCGACUUACUUCUUUAUGCCAUCGAGCAACAAGAUGCCCUGGCACUGGAGCCACUCCUUAGCCUGCUUGCACAUCUCGCACAUGACCUUGGUCAGAGAUUUGAACCAUGCUUCUCCAGGACUGUUCAAGUGGUGUCAAGAGUGGCGGCAGCCCAUGAAAAGGCGGAAGUUGUUGAGUGGUGCUUCACAUGUCUUGCUUGGAUGUUCAAAUACCUUUCCAGAUUACUUGUUGAGGACGUCAGACCACUUCUCGACAUCAUGAUACCCUACCUCUCAAAUAAGAAGGACUUCAUUGUCCGGUUCAGUGCCGAAGCAUUGGCAUUCUUGCUGAAGAAGGCAGCCUUGCUGUAUCCCAAGCGGAGAAGCCCACUUCAACUUGCAAUCACUCAUGUGUUCGAACAAUUAACCAUCAAUGUUGUGGCACAAUCGCAAACCGCUUUCCAGUUUGGAGUUAUGAAUUUAUGUGUCGAAAGCUCCCGAGGCAUAGAAUGCCAAGUUCAUUCAAGUGCACCCCAUCUCGUCAGGUGUCUACUUGACCGUGCUGGGGUCUUCAUUGACCAUGAGAUCAUACAGUCGACUGUAUCUGGGAUUCUGAUCAGCCUGAUCCAUCAGACGGAUGGGGACAACUUCGCACCACUCUUGGAAAUUGUAUUAGAGACUUGUCAGCACCUUAUUGCGACUAAAGAACACAAAAAUGUCCGGUGGGCGCUUCAAUUACUUCUAGUCGUUGUCGGAACAAGGAAGGGAACAAGAAUCUCAUCCUGGUCAGCUACAAUUCAAGUAUUCUUAAGCGUGGUUGAUGAGUCUAGCCAGACCGAUUGGGAAGAUUCAAAGUAUCGACAGAUCGCCAUUGGUGUCGCCACCCAAUCACUUCAGUAUGCACCGAUGGACCAGUUACUACCUCUUUCAGAACGAUUUCUAGGCUUAUUAGCCACAAAACUCUCGAGUCGCGACUUUCUCUCACUCUGCACUGUCUGUGCUAAGCUUGGGGACGAAAGGUUUGUGGAUUUCAUGUUCCCCCAAUUUCAACAGUUCAUCGUGGACCACUGGGAAGAUGAUCUCAUGAGUCUUUAUUACACGCUUGAAGAAUUUCAGGAGAACAAUAUCACGUCCAACAGAUCUGGUGCAAGGAACUGUCUAUCUUGCCCACCAAAAUUGGAGACUUAUAUCCUCCAGCAGCUGGCUGCUUCGUCCAAGGAAGCCACAAUCUCGACAGUAGAAAAUAUCGCUGGACAAAUACACAUAGCCAAGAAUACUCAGCUCACAAAAGAGAGUCAACGCGCAAGCCAGUUUCAUGCUACGAUAGGCGUUCUGGUCGGAAAUGCUCUCCGAAAGGACAGCAAUGAUCCUGAUUUACGAAGACGGCUGCUGCUUGGCUGGGGGUUUGAGACCUUACUCGAUAUUUGUCCGGCCUCUCGAGAAGAUGACCAAAAACUAGCAUUGCUCGCGCUUGCUGGGCCAUCCAUCAAUUUUCGUAUGCCAUCAUUCUUGUCUGCCGUCAGCAGACUACUUGAAAGGUCUCCCGUGGACACGAAGUUGCAAAGCCUCGAUUUCACAAAUAUACGACAUUAUUUGGUACAGAACCUGUUGAGCUCAUCUCCUGGCCUAAAGUCUGAAUCUCUAAAACUUCUUUCCAGCAUAGUGCCUUCUCAGCUAGAUGAUAAGGUGUCGGAAACCGCCGAUCUGAUGCUCGAGAUUCUUGCGGCACCCUAUACACCAACCGAAGUGCGAAAUUUGACGAUGCUACUCAGGAAGCUUCCUCAGCGGCAUGAUGGCCUCGUUGCCGACACCGAUCUGCAUGACAUGGUUCCUUUCUUCUGCCUUGGUUUGUUACCACAGUUUCAUGAUAGAACCAGGAAAGAAAUCUGCACAAUACUUGCUCAGCUCGUCGAGUACUCGGCUGUAGAGGAUACCGUGCUCAAUAUCACAGUUCAAUGGCUGCAAACACCAUCAAGCCCGAACCAGCCGAACCGUGUUGAGCCCGAAACAGAUCGUGACAGGCCGUCUCCAUUCGAAUGUACCAACUUGUCCUCCUCUCAAGAAAUUUGCAACGAAGUCGUGAAUCGAUACUCGGAUACAACCUUGAGUUUCCGAGCGCUUAUCGAAGACGCACACACGGUCGAAUCAUCAAGAACAACGUCUGAUCGCCGAGCGUUGGCGCUUCAAGUCCUGUCUUCAAUUCCCGCAAUCGUGGAACGGCGAUCACGGCUUAUUGUUCCCAUCUUUCUCUCAGCACGAAUGAAUCGCGCACAACUCUCUCUGAGUGCAAAUUCCGACACGUCAACGUCGUCGCAUACACCUACUGCAGAUGUUGACGACCAUGAGUGGUCUUUUCCCGAUCGCAAGACAUUCCUAUUAAUGUUCAGUAAGUUCAACAAUCCACGCGUUCUCUACAGAUCGCAGGAUGUCUCUGAGAAACUUUUGGAUCUAUUGAGCAACGGCAACACGGAUAUCAGAAAACUUGCGCUUCAAGCAAUGCUCAAGUGGAAGGAUCCACAAGUGAAGCCUUAUGAAGAAAUACUCAUGUCCAUUGUUGAAGAGAAGAAGACAUCUAGCGAUCUUGCUCAACUAUUAACCACAGAUGGUGAAUUCGGGAUCAAACGCAGUGAUAGAACUGCCAUACUGCCAAUCCUUCUUAGACUUGUCUUUGGUCUGAUUGUUGGCCGUUCUGGCACGGCUGGUUCACAGGAGGCCAGGAGAAAGGCGAUUCUGAGAAGCUUGUUCCGUAUGGACAGCAGCGAAAUUUCUCUUUUCCUUGAUAUUGCUCUGGGUAAGCUGAGAGACCUUCGUGUCUCGCAAUUCCAAUCAGGGGCUGCUAUUUCCAAUCAAUGCCAAAUCCCUGAAGACCAACAGUACGGCUUUCUUCGGCUGCUUCUGUCGAUUUUGGAAACUCACCAGAGUCAAUUUUCACCUUACGGCCGACAAGUUGUCGAUGCGGUUGUCAUCUGUAUACUUGAUUCCUCCCUCCACCAGCAGUCGCCAACCACUUCUGUGAAACCUAUUUCAGCAUUAUCACGAAAUAUCAGACGCAUCGGCCUACAAUGCUUGGUCCUACUUACAAAUUAUUGUCCAGAUAUUGACUGGGCAACCUACCUUCCUCCCAUCUUCGCCAAUACAAUUAGCCCUCGUCUGGAGAAUUUUGCAAUGGAAACAAGUCAGGGCAUAUCAAGCUUUCUGCGUUUGUUCGCAACCUGGGUCCACUCCCAGAAGCUGGUCCGUCAUUUGCAUGACCAGGAUUCACGACUUCCUGGGGUUUUAUGGGAAUGUCUUAUGACUGAAUCGGCACAGGUGGAUGUCAAGGCGUUCAUUCUCGAGGAAAUAGUCAUUCCCUGGUUGUCUUUGGCAGAAAAUGCAGAGGCGACUCCCAACAUGGCCAAAGAAUACUUGAAUCCUGAGUCUAGUGGUCUUUUGACAGCUCUGAUAGCAAAUAUCGAGCGAACACCACCUAAGGAUAUUCUGAAUGCUAUAACCUCUAUCCUCCCACGCCUUGCAAAAUUUGCAACAUCGGCCGAGUCCAAACAAAAGACAGUUCUACUCCUGACGAAUUUGCUGCGUGGCCCAGAAUACAAGUUAUCCCCAGAUAUCAAGAGCAAACUAGUCCUUUCCAUUGAGAGUUUUCUGCAAGAAGGACAUUUCGAAGUCGGUGAAGAAGCCCGGGUAUCCCUGUGGGAAUUGACCUCCUCGCUGUUCAACUUCUUUAAGGAUCAACCCAAUCGUUCAGUUUUGUCUCGAACAUUGGGAUUACUUGCCAAUGGCGAGAAAAAUGCUUUGCAAGUCGCUCAAUACUGCCUGGAUCUGAACGCUGUUUCAUCAGAACGCCUAGACGAACCUGACUAUGAGAAACGAUUCGCCGCUCUACAAGAUAUCAACUCAUUACAAACGACAGACGAGUAUUCACCUUUGUGGCUACCUAUCGUCCACAAUUUAUUGUUCAUCGUUCGAACUGUUGAAGAUUUUGCAAUUCGCUCAAAUUCACUGGCUUGUCUCAAACAAUUCAUCAUCCGGGCAGCGGCUGGGGAUAGAGAUAGUCUGAAUGACUUGCUGAUAAAAGUGGUUCUGCCUGCUGCUUUGAAGGGCUCCAGGGAUCAAUCAGAACUGAUGAGAGCAGACUUCGUCAUGAUUUAUGGACUUCUCGUGCAGCAUCUCCGCAACAAUGAAGAUUUGGCCGAUAUGGUGGUUCUUCUUGUUGGCGGGGACGAAGAGGCAUCUUUCUUUUCGAACAUUCUGCAUAUCCAGCAGCAUCGCCGUCUGCGGGCCAUUCGACGUUUGGUCUCUGAGGUUGAGACUGGUGGAAUCAGCUCUGCCCAUAUUGCGGACUUUUUUAUUCCUCUUCUUGAGAUGUUCGCAUAUGACUCGAGUGGUGACGAGUCCAUGCAAGGCACCAAAGGACAAAGUAUCGCUGCGAUGGGCGUCUUACUUCAGUGGGUGGAUUGGAAGCACUUCAAAAUGUUCUUCCGGAAGUACAAGAAUGAUAUUAAUAAUACUCAUGGCCAGAAAGAUACGGUCAAACUCCUCGGUCAUGCAGCUGAUGCACUCUUGAAUGCCACAAACCAGACCCCACCAGAUCAGAGCAACCCAGAAAUGAAGACGCAGCUGGCAAGAUCAAUCCGCCAGAACUCUGUCCUGGAGAACGAAAUCAAGAGGCAAUUCAUUCCCAGGCUUACAGAUCUGGUCCAUUUCAAAGAUGAGACCGAAAUCAGCUUUCGCAUUCCGAUUGCCGUGACCUGUAUCAAAUUGAUCAAGAUGCUUCCAUCUGAAGAGAUUGCCCCGGCCGCAGGACCAAUCAUCCUCGAUAUUGCGAACAUCUUGAGGAGCCGUGUUCAAGAAUCACGCGAUAUCGCGCGCAACACCCUCGCCCAGGUUGUCAUUCUCCUCGGAUCAUCCAGUAUGCAAUUCGUGGUAAAGGAGCUAAGGAAUGCCUUGACACGAGGCUAUCAACUACACGUACUAUCCUACACAGUACAUGCCAUUCUUGUUGCCUUGGCGCCUACUCUUGAGCUGGGGGAGCUUGACUAUUGUGUGACAGAUCUGAUUGGUGUAGCAAUUGAUGAUAUCUUUGGCGCCGUCGGGCAAGAGAAAGACAAUCAAGACUAUAUCAGCACCAUGAAGGAAGUCAAGAGUAACAAAAGCUUCGACACGGUAGAGCUUAUUGCUCGUUCCACAAGUGUCCUAGUGUUGAUGAAGAUUAUUGCACCAAUUCAAACCAUCCUUUCUGGGACGCUGAUCACCAAAAAGGUCAGGCAAGUUGAUGAGUGGCUUCGGAGAGUCGGCGUUGGUAUAUCACGGAAUCCCGCCGCCAGUGAGAGAGACCUCUUAGUGUUCUCCUAUCAACUGAUUGAGGCAUUUUACAAGCAGAAGAGUGAUGUGCAACGUGCUACUCCAACUUCUCAGGAAAAGGCCCGCCAGCGAUUCCUCGUGCAAUUUUCCUCUGGCCACAAACAUACCACAGGUCUCACCGCGCCACUGUUGUACAAGGUCGCUCGUUUUGCCCUGGAUCUCGUCAGAUCUACACUCCAAAAACACGACCAUCUUCUAACACCCGAGAACAUACAUGGAUAUCUGCCAAUUAUUGGGGACACCCUUAUCGAAGGUCAAGAGGACGUAAAGAUUUCUGCCAUGCGUCUACUGUCCACUAUUGUGAAGCUUCCUAUGCCAGAGCUAGAAGUGAACGCCCCACUAUAUUUUAUCGAGGCUGUCAAAGUUGUGAAGAACUCGACAAACACCAAUGAGGAAGGAGCACAAGCCGCUUUGAAGCUUGUUGCCACUAUUCUCCGGGAACGGAAGAGCAUCGAGGUCCGAGACACAGACGUCGCAGCCUUGUUGCAUCGAGUUGCCCCAGAUAUUGAGGAGCCAGACAGGCAAGGCGUCACUUUCAACUUUAUUCGCGCGGUAAUGUCGCGUAAGAUCCAAGUGUCUGAAAUCUACGAUCUAGUUGACAAACUUGGACUCAUGAUGAUCACAAAUCAUGCGCGUGGGGCCCGCGACUCUGCACGUGGUGUCUAUGUUCACUUUAUUCUCGAGUAUCCGCAAAGCACAUCUCGGUGGAUCAAACAGCAGAAAUUUCUUCUCAAGAAUCUCGAGUACGAACAUCCGGAAGGAAGGCAAUCUGUCAUGGAGGCCAUCCAUACACUGGUACAGAAGCUUAAGGGUGAGACUGGUGAGGAAUUUGCAUCAAGUCUCUUCAUGCCAGUUUUACUGCGCGUGGCCAACGAUGAAAACCAAAAGUGCAGAGAAUCGGCUGGUGUGCUGCUUGGCCAGCUUUUCAAGUCGGCGAAUCGUGGUCAGAUCAAGGAGUUCCUAGAGCCCAUGCACUCUUGGCUACAUCAAAAAGAGAAUAACGAACUGCAAAAGAUCAGUUUACAAGCUUGGAGCAUCUUAUUGACGUCCACUGUCUCAGUCGCAGAGACAGACUUGCACAGUCUCCGCGAAUCGCUCUCGGAGAUAUUGGUAGCGAUGGCAAACCAGGAUGUUGAUGACUGGGAAAUUUUAUUCCAGGCUUUGGUGGUGCUAUCAAAUCUCGUUGAAACGCAAGGCAGUCUCGUUUUGGGUCGAGGUCAGUCGGAAAUGUGGUCGCUGGUUUGGCAAUUCUUGGAACACCCGAAUGGGUGGAUACAAAACUCAGUCGCGGCCCUCAUUGACGCCUUUUUCCAAGAUUGUCGCACAACUUCCGAUCCAAAGGUACCCUUGAAAUGCCAGCAUGGCCUCGUGUUGGAAGAGGAAGCCGUACUUCGAAUACUGAAAGCAAGCGUUCGCAUACUCAAACGCACUGACAGCAGUGAUAAGCUUAGGCUUCAGACUAGUCAAAACAUCCUUUAUCUUGCGCGGAUAAUUGAUAACAACAAAAUCACAAUGGAAGUGUCCAUGAAGAAGCAAAUGGCUGGUCACGAUGAAAUUGACACAGAGAAUAUUGUCAAUAGUGAAGAUGAAGAGCCUGAAGGAACUACUCGGAUAUCGGGAAUUCAGUAUAUCUUCGACCAAAUGGCACGAAUCCUGCGGUUGGAGAUUAAUUACCCCAAGACAAACGCACUACUUCCCAAGAUCUCGGCCGUGGAGCUUCUCGCGGUCAUGAUCCCGGCGACAACGGUCGAACACUUCACCAGCGGAACAGUUCAAGCCAUUCUCCUCCCUCUACAGCAUCUCACAGACACAAAUACCAUCGCCCCACGCUCCGUGGACCCCACGUUUGCAACCACGUACCAACAACUGGUGGAGAACGCACAUGAAGCCAUGGACAUGUUGCAACGGCGUAUAGGUGACGGCGAAUAUGUGAAGGCUCUGACUGAAGUGAGUAAGACUGUUCGUCGACGCAGAGAGGAAAGAAGGACGAAACGCAGGAUUGAGCGUGUUGCGGAACCAGAGAGGGCUGCGCAGGGAAAGAAGCGCAAGGCCGAUAGGAAGAAGGAACGGAAGAAGGAGAUGGGAAGGUCUUUUCAACGGCGUCGUGUGGAAGGGGGAAUGUAG